AUGUCACGAACGAAUAUUUGAGUUUGACAGACGAAACUUCGGAAUUUUAACCUCAAAUUCAACGAAACCAAAAGUGUUAUCGUUUGAUUUUCGUUUUACUUUUUGUUUUGUGAAUUUUGUGUGAAAAUUAUUGGAAAUGGCUACAAGAAUGCUUUUAAUCGAAGCAGCUUUACGUGAAGAUCGUGUAGAGCGAAGAAGGAACCGGCGCCGCUUGCGCAAUCAAUUAAAUAUAAACGAAAUUCCCGACGUUGAGUUUGUAGGAAAUUACCGACUCAAUCGGCAAUUAUUCGAGGAGUUGUGCCAGGAAUUAGUACCUUUAUUACCUCCAAAGGCAAGGCGUCAUGGAAUUGAGCCUACAAUUAAGAUCCUUACAGCCUUAAAUUUUUAUGCCCGAGGUUGUUACCAAGGGUCAGUGGGUCAAAACUUAGACGGGCCCUUGGCACAACAGACUGUUUCUCGUUGUUUGAAGGAAGUCACAACUGCCCUAAAUGCACCCCAUAUAGUAAGGAAGUACAUCAAAUUCCCGCAAAAUAUAAAUGAAAGGAAUCUUAUUAAGCGACAAUUUUAUGACAAAUAUGGGCUUCCUGGUGUGAUUGGGUGCAUUGAUUGCACGCAUAUUGCAAUUGUUAGACCUUCAGAGCAUGAGGAACAAUAUUUUAACCGAAAACAUUUUCAUUCUCUUAACACCCAAGUUAUAUGUGACAGUGAUUGCUACAUAACAAAUGUGGAUGCGUCAUUUGGUGGAGCAACACAUGAUGCUUAUAUUUGGAGAGAGUGUGAUAUUAGAAGCCACUUGGAGGGUCUCCAGAAUGAAACAGUUUAUCUGUUAGGUGAUUCUGGGUAUGCUCUAAGGGAGCAUAUGAUGACACCUAUAGACAAUGCUGUUGAAGAUUCUCCUGAAGGCAGAUACAACUUUGUCCAGAAGCGUGCACGAUCCACCAUCGAACGCACAUUUGGGAUCCUAAAAGGACGAUGGAGAUGUCUUUUGUCAGCUCGGGAACUGCAUUACUGCCCUGAAACAGCUGGUAAAAUUGUAAUAGCAUGCUGUGUUUUACACAACUUGUGUUUAAGGGGUGGCAUUGAUGCUCCCGAGAUGACAGAAGAUCAACUCCAAGUGGAGAGAAGCCGACAGGUCCCCCCCUCUCAAUCAGCCACUUCUUCAGCUCAAGCUCUACAGGCAGGUCGAAGGGCCAGAGCUUUGUUAGUUCAAAUUUUAGAAAGGAAUAGGUAGGACAAAGUUCUACUCAAGCACAUCAUAACAUGCUCAAGUAGAACUUUAUCCUACAUAUUUCUUUAUUGAAAUAUAUACUUAUUGAUUUCAAGAAUUUGACAUAUUAUUUCUUUGCUUUAGAGUUUAAUAAAAGAAUAAAAUAUA